AUGGCUCGACUCGGUCUGCCCAGUUUCGCUUUCGGCCUUCAGGGUACGUAUUCGCGGAACCCAUCUUUGGCGCCCUCAAGCCGAGACUGGAAGACAUACGAAUUCUUUUGCAAGCCCGGAGGCAUCAACCGGCGACCAUGCAUCGUCACGCCUUAUUACUAUCGCCUAGACUGGCUGAUGUGGUUCGCGGCCUUCCGCCCUGACUUGCAACCCCCCCUCUGGCUCUUGCGAAUGGUGAAAAAGUUACUCGCCAACGAUGCAAAAACCACUGCACUGCUCCUUAGAAAUCCCUUCCAGGGAAAGUCACCUCCAAGAUUCAUUCGAAUCCUCCGCUACGACUAUCACUUCGCAUACAAAGGAAAGGUGAGGCCAGCAUCUGCUUCGCUGCUCCACUCGCAGCCCCUCGCGCAGCGGUUCCUCUGUGUAGCUCCAAAUUUGUUCUGCGUGCCUUUGCAAGAUGGACAUCCAAGAUGCGCGAGCGGCGUCCCGCGAAAUGGAGAGUUCGACGUUGUGGUUUCAAGGCAAACCCCCCCUCACCCCGCUGUGUAUAUCCGUGUGCAUGAAUUUUUGCUGCAGGAAAGAAAACAGUACGAGCAAGGAGCGUGGUGGGAGAGGAAGUACAUGUCGCAGUUCCUGCCUCCAGUGGAGGCCCGGAUGUUUCGCGGUGACUAA